GAUGGUUUGAGUAACUAUAAUUACAGAUCUGAUGUGACAUUUAUACCAGUGUUUCUGUAAUCGACGUAAUAACAAUAGCCAUGCGUGUUUUACUUUUAGCUGUUCUUGUAGCAUUGACAGUGCAUGUGAGUGGUGAGCCCUGUUCAACCACACAACAAUGUGUGAGUCACGGAAUAACAACAUGUGGAGGCGGCGCUAAUGUGGUCUGUCAAAAUCACCAAUGUGUAUGUCUAACGUCCUCCUCCGGUACUUCCUGCACUAUGGUUAGUCAGUGUCACUGUGACCAUGGCAAUCCACAUUGUAUUGAUGGCCGUUGUAGAUGUACACGAUUCUAGACUGAAUUGAAAACACUGAAAUAAUUUAGACAAAUGUGAAAUAAAAAUAAAAGAAAUUAAUGAAAA